CAGUCCUGAGAUCUUCCCUGUGCUCCCAGACACAAGCCACGUUAGCCAUGAUGAUCUGACAAGGAAGGUGGGAGAAGUACUUCUGUAUUACUGUUACUGUGAGGUGAAAGAUCCAGAGAAACUCUGUGCUUGGCAAAAGGCUCUGUGCCAGCAUCUGCAUCUCACUGGAAAGGUACGAGUUGCUUCAGAAGGGAUUAAUGGGACAGUUGGUGGAAGCAAAGUAGCUACCAAUCUCUACAUUGAAGUUAUGCUUUCCCAGCCUCUGUUCAAAGACAUUUUGUGUCAAGAUGAUUUCAAGAGCAGUGCAGGAGGAGCUCACUGUUUCCCAGACCUUCGAGUUGGAGUAUUCAAAGAAAUUGUACCUAUGGGCAUUGAUCCAAAGAUAGUGUCUUACAAAGAAACUGGAAUCCAUCUAUCCCCUCAGGAAUUUCAUAGAGAAGUAGAACAGUAUUUGUCUCAGGGCAGUCAAGGACAAGGUGAUACCAUCUUGCUGGACUGUAGGAACUUCUAUGAAAGUAAAAUAGGACAUUUCCAGGGCUGUCUGGCUCCAGAUAUAAGGAAGUUCAGCUAUUUUCCCAGCUACAUAGAUGAAAACCUGGAGCUUUUUAAAGACAAGCGUGUCCUGAUGUACUGCACAGGAGGCAUUCGUUGUGAAAGAGGUUCUGCUUACCUACGGAGCAAGGCAGUGUGCAGAGAGGUUUACCAGCUAAAAGGUGGAAUUCACAAGUACCUGGAAGAGUUUCCAGAUGGAUUCUACAGGGGGAAGCUGUUUGUGUUUGAUGAUCGUUACGCCAUUUGUUCCAAUGAAGAUAUCGUCUCAGCAUGCAGAUACUGUGGGACACUGUGGGAUCAGUAUAAACUUUGUUCCAGCCAGCACUGCCGGCAGCUUGUCCUGACAUGUCCAAGUUGUCGCAACAAAGGUCUUACAGCUUGCUGUCCUGUUUGUCAAGAGAAAGAGCUCAAGGUGACUUCGAGGGCUUCAGGACAGACACUUAAGGAGGAGUGUGAAUGUACAAGGAGACGGCCAAGGGUACCUAUUGAACGUCUCUUGCAAAGAAUGUUGAACGCAGGAAAAGAUUAACCUUUUUCAUUAGCUCAUCUGACACCUGUGCUAAUGUGAAGGGCUUCUAUAACCAGAUCCCUAUCUGUUAUUCAGUUAGGUUUGGAAAUUAUGAAAACCUGUUGGUUCAGAAAGUCUUGUUCAUACGCUACCUUUAA